AUUUCACUCAUUUGUGGGAAUGUUUUUGGUUAUAGCCAUGGCCAUGGCCAACGGGCUAACGGCUGGUAUAUAAAUUUUGACAAAAGAAAGAUUUCGGUUUAAACCAAUUUUGGCAAUGCGGCGGCCCUAAGCUGAUGACCAAAACGAAAAUAAACGCGUGUGACAAAAUCAGAAUGCAGUUGAACAUGAAGAAGACAGUUCCAGUUAGUUGGCCUUGGCUAAUAUUGUUAAUACUGCCGGUUAAUUUGGUGUAUAGUUUUGGUAAUGAAUACGUUCAUAUAAAGGUGCAUGUGCCCAAGGAACAAUCGGAACCGGAUCUCCAUACCUCACAUAAGGUGAUACAUCAUUACCAUCAUCAUCCCCAUCCCAAUCAGAGAUUACGUCCACGUCCACCUAGCCAUCUAAAGAACACUAGCCCGCUAUUGGAGAGUGUUAUACUCUCGGAUUUGGAUAAACCUCAACAUAUGAGUGAGCAUGCGGAUUAUUUAAAUCAUGCUAAGGAAAUUGCAGAUCAUCUGACUGAAGUUUAUGCCAAAAAACCACCACCGCCACCACCUCCUCCGCCGAAGAAAAAGGUCAACACGUAUACGAUUAUAGAGGAAACGGCACCGCACAAGCCCAACUAUGAUUUUGAUGAUCAUCAUCAGGACAAUAGUGUGGAAACAUAUCGAGUGAUUGACACUCCCUCACAUCAAACGCGUCACAGUGGCCAGAAGCAUGGAUAUCAUAAGCAGCAUCAUCACCAUGAUGAAGACACUGAAGAUGCUGGCUAUCAUUAUGGCAAUCACUAUCAUCAGAGCCAUUCGCAUCACCAUCAUCAUCAUCAUCUACAUGCCGAGCCGGCUCCCGUUGAGGAACCAGCCGAAGUUGAAUCAGACUCCGGUGGCUACAAUUAUUCUCCACCCACCUCGCAAUACCAUGGAGCGUCUGUGCGAUCGCCUCCGGCUCAUACUCUAGAGGCCCCUGAAGAAACUGCCUAUGUCGGUGGCUAUGAUUACUCUGCCGGUCCCAUUACCUCCGGAUUUCGGCCAUCUCCUCAGAUUCAUAGCAUUUCUGAUAGCUAUGACGAUGAUGUGGAUAAUUAUGCUGCUCCUGUUGCGUCGUCAUCAUUAUCCUCACGACGUCGUCGUCCUAGCCUGGUCGACUGGCCCGAGGCAACGGGUUUUAAUACUGCUGCCGCUGAGACAUACAGCGGAGCCGAUAGCUACAAUGUGGGCCAUGUCCAGGGCUUGGGUAAUGGCGGUUACCAAUACAAUGGACCAUACCUGUAAAU